GCUGGCUGGAGUACGGACUACAGAGGCCAGUUUUAUCGUAAAAAUUUACUGUACUAUUUCUGAUCGUUGAUCAAUCACGUUUUCACUUAAAGUGAUAAUAGCUGGUGAUACAUAAAUUAUUUAAAAAGUUUUAAGUUUUGUGGUUUGAAAAUGGCACCGACUGCUGAAGUUAUUCCCAAAGAACAAUUAGAUAAAUUGGAAAAACCAUCAAGAGGCAUCAAUGCUGUUUUACUUGGUCCACCUGGUAGUGGAAAAGGAACACAGGCUCCGAUAUUUAAAGAAAGAUAUUGCGUAUGUCAUUUAUCAACUGGAGAUAUGCUGAGAGCAGAAAUAGAAUCUGGCUCGAAGCUUGGAGCGGAGUUGAAAAAAAUAAUGGACGAAGGAAAGCUGGUCAGCGACGACCUGGUUGUCAAUAUGAUAGACAACAAUUUAAAUAAACCGGAAUGCAAGAGAGGAUUUUUGCUGGACGGGUUCCCUAGAAGUGUCCCGCAGGCCGAGAAGCUCGACGAAAUGCUGCAGAAGAGGAAGGCCAAGUUGGACGCCGUCGUGGAGUUUGGUAUCGACGACAAUCUCCUGGUGAGAAGAAUUUCUGGACGGCUGCUCCAUCAGCCCAGCGGCAGGACUUAUCACGAGGAGUUCGCGCCGCCAAAGGUCCCGAUGAAGGAUGACAUCACGGGGGAACCCUUGACCAGGAGGUCGGACGACAACGCGGAGGCGCUAAAAAAGCGGCUGGUCACUUACCACACCUCGACCCAGCCACUGGUUGACUACUACGCGCUCCAGGGUAUUCACAACUACGUAAAUGCCGCGAAAUCCAGUGCACAAGUCUUCAAGGACAUUGAUGGCAUUUUUAUGAAUGCCAUAAAAAGUGAUCAGAGCAAAGGCUUCUUCAGUAGAUUCUUCUAAUUGUCUGAUAAUUAAUUUAAUUAAUCAGUAACUUGACCUUGUUUACGUUUCGGUGUUUUAGUAGACAGCAAUAAUUUAAAAUUUUCCGGACUUCAGUAUUUUUUUUUUUAAUUGCAAUCAAGAGUCUCAAGGUUCAUUUUAAUUAAUUAAUCUUCGGAAGUUUUUGUUUUUCAACUUUUUAAUUAUCAACUUCUAUUUUUGAGUUAAAAUUUUUUUUUUAAUUAAAGAGAUGAGAUUUUAAGAAAUUAAGUCAUGGAAAAUAUUUUUGAUUAAUAAUAAAUAUGAAGAUGCAUUAGUUGUAUUUGAAAUUUGAAAAAAUAAGUAAUUGAAUUUAAUAAUGUAAAAGUAAUAAUUAAAAAUAAUGAACUCAAACGAAUAGUAAUUAAAUGUAAUUAAGGUCAAGUUGUAGUAAAGUAAUUGUUAUCAGACUUGAAAAUAAAAAAAAUUAUUUUUCUUGUUAAAAGUAAUUAUUAGUAAUAUAUCUAAAUAUUAUAUAUAUUUACAGUCAGGGCUUAUAUAAUUAAUAAUUCAAGGUGAUUUGAUUAGCAACUUUGUUCAUAUCCUAAUUAGUAAUAAUUAUUAUUAUUAAUUAUAUACAUAGAUAUAUACACAAAAAAUGGAUUUCUUGGCGCGAAAAAAAUUUUUUCGAUAUCAAAUGAAAAAAAAAAUUUAUCAGGACUAGAAAAAAUUUCUUGAUUCAAAAUUUUUUUUUUCAAUUCAUUAUGCAAAAAAUUUAUAAUCCAGAAGUUAACAGGCAAAAUUUUUUGAUUUUUUUUUCACCAAAUAAAUUACAAAAGUAAAAAAUAAAAAAUAUGCACAUGUAGAAAAUUUGAAAAACUAUAGGUGCAAUUUUUUGAAAUAUUUUUUUUACAUUUACUAGUUUGAAAAAAAAAUUCAAAACUUAUUAGACAUCGACCAGCUUCAGUAUCAAAAAUUUAUGAUUCUGAAAUUGAUAGACAAUCAACAAUUUUUUUUUCAACGAAUUAAAUAAAAAAAAAAAAAAAAAAAAAAUGCACAUGCAGAAAAUUCAAAUUCCUACAGGUGCAAUUUUUUCAAAUAUUUUUUUUUUAUAAUUUAUCGUUUAAAAAAGUAAUUAAAAAAAUUAUAUGACGUCGUAACUUCAGUACCAUAAAACUUCUUACGGCAAAUAAAUAUUUCUGGAGGCAAGUAAAAUUUUUUUGCGCCAAGAAAUGAUUUUUUUUCUGUAUAUAUAUGUAUGUAUAUAUAUGUAAUAGUAUUUAAAAGUUCUUAGAAUGGCAGUGUCAUAUUCCAAUUAGUACAAAUGCACUAAUAGAACAAAUUUACUCAUCUCCGAUUACAUAAUUUUAAAAAAUAAAAAAUAUUUUUAUUUCUACUCCAAUCACAAAACAUCAAAUAUAUUACACAUAAAUCUGUACUAUUGGUGCUUGUCAAUUAACGAACUAAAGUAUUUGCGCACAUAUUUUUUUAACGUAAUCAGCAAUCAGUGGGUUAAUAAAAAAAUAAAUAAAUUUACUGCCGCUUAGUUGUUACAUUCAAAGUAUCGUUGGCUGUAGAAUUUAAACGAAUAUAUAAUUAAGCAAAUAAAUGAUAACAACAAUAAUAAUAACAAAUCACCGUUAUCAUUUAAUAAUAAAUGAUCUAGCAGACGCCUAAAUGUAAAUACGACAGAAUAUUUUAGAUAAAAAUAAAAAUGUGAAACGAAUAAAAUUUUAAAUCUAGACUAGAUUAGACUAGACUAAUUAACUCUUAAUCAAGAUAUCUGUUGAUGACACAGAUCAUUGUAACGAAUGAGAGUGAGGAGUAAUAAAAGUUUAAUAAACUUAAAAAUUCAUCUCUA